AUGGAGCUUGUGACAAUGAGUAGGUACACCAGUCCAGUGAACCAAGCUGUCUUUCUACAUCUCAUUAUGGUGCUCUUGGCCAUUGGCAUGUUCUACACUGUCUGGUUCUUCAUUUAUGAAGUGAACUUUAUUAAGUAUACUCAGGAUAAUUACAAGCAACGACUCAUCUGUCUGGUGGCUUCACUCUUUAUGGGCUUUGGCAUACUCUUCUUACUGCUUUGA